UGAAGAAGCUAAUAGGGAGGCGAGAAAAAAAUUGAUUUGUUUAUUUUUGGAUUCAGGUGCAGAUCCCAAUGCAGACGAUGGUCGACCUUUGGCAUUAUGUGUUACUAAUCAUAACCAGGAACUCAUGAGACUUUUACUGCAGAAAGGUGCAGAUGCGAAUUGUAGCAAUAGAUGGGCUGUAAGAAUAGCUACCGAUUGUGGAUAUAAGGAUAUGGCCAGAGAAUUAUACCGUAAGGCUAGGCUUUCUGAUGGAUUUACUAAUAACACCUCUAGUAAUGCUAGCAAUGUUGUUAAGGAUAUGGUUAAGAAAGUGAGCAUGCUAAGUAAAAGUGUUUCUUUUAGGAGAAAAAGUGAUGGGGAA